GCCAGCAAGGGAGUGACCAUUUAAAAGGAGAGACCUAGCUUCAGAGAGCCAGAAAAGAGCUGUGUAGCUGACAGAGGGAGUCCAGAAAUGGCAGCAACGAGGGCCCUGCCUGCUGGUUUUGGGGAACUCGAGGUGCUGGCUGUAGGAACAGUCCUACUGAUGGAAGCGCUCUCUGGCAUCAGCCUCAAUGGCCUGACCAUCUUCUCUUUCUGCAAGACUCCAGAUCUGCGGACUCCCAGCAACCUGCUGGUACUGAGCCUGGCCCUGGCAGACACUGGGAUCAGCCUGAAUGCUCUUGUUGCAGCUGUAUCCAGCCUCCUCCGGCGCUGGCCACAUGGUUCAGAGGGCUGCCAGGUUCAUGGUUUCCAGGGAUUUGCAACAGCACUGGCCAGCAUCUGUGGCAGUGCAGCCAUUGCCUGGGGACGUUAUCACCACUACUGCACCCGCAGACAGUUGGCAUGGGACACGGCCAUCCCUCUGGUGCUGUUUGUGUGGCUGUCAUCUGCCUUCUGGGCAUCCCUGCCCCUGAUGGGCUGGGGCCACUAUGACUAUGAGCCUGUGGGGACAUGCUGUACGCUGGACUAUUCGAGGGGUGACAGAAACUUCAUCAGUUUUCUCUUCACCAUGGCUUUUUUCAACUUCCUCGUACCCCUGUUCAUCACACACACUUCAUACCAGUUCAUGGAGCAGAAAUUCUCCAGGAGUGGUCAUCUCCCGGUGAAUACUACUCUUCCAGGCAGAAUGCUGCUGCUUGGCUGGGGCCCCUAUGCCCUCCUGUACCUAUACGCAGCCAUCGCAGAUGUGAGCUUCAUCUCUCCUAAACUACAGAUGGUGCCUGCCCUCGUCGCCAAAACCAUGCCCACAAUCAAUGCCAUCAACUAUGCAUUGCACAGGGAAAUGGUCUGUAGAGGAACCUGGCAGUGUCUGUCUCCACAAAAAAGCAAGAAGGACCGAACCCAGUGAAACUCGUCAAGGGGCUGAUCACAGUCAAGGCUACCUCUUCAAUCCUGGGCUAAGUAUGCCCCAGGUCAGGAAGAUGCUGCUGCAUACUUCCCAACAGUCCCAGAAACCAUGCCAGACACUUACUCACCAGCCCUAAGAUCCCUGAUGAGUCUAACCUUAUGUUGGACCCAAGAAUUCAAAUCCUAGGUUCAAUGAAAGGUCAUAGCCCUCUACACACAGUCUUAGGGGCCAUGGGAAAGUAACUCUCUCCAACCCCAUCUCUCUAAACCGUAGAGUAAAGAUGACAUUGUGGACUAACACUAGAACGGUUGAACAAGCUAACGUGUGUAUUCAGCAAGCACAUAAAAUGCUCACUGAAACAGAUACUGAUAUGAGCCUUAAUCACAUUCUUCAUGAACCCAGCCUACAAUAAAAGGAGAAAGCGCUGGGAUUUGUUUAUUUUUGGAAGUCAUCUGAGGCUGCCAUCUUUCAAAUAGCAUGUGCUUAAUUGUAAUGGCACGAGUGACUUAUUCUACUCCUUGCUCUAUGUCCCUUAGUGUAAGAUAAGAUGACAGAAAUGAUGAUUUGACCAUACAGAUUGGACAAGAGUAUGUAGGUUAGGUGUUCCCUGACCACCAGCACCAGCAUUCAAAAUGAACCCUUGGUUAUAUGAGAUUUGGAUUAAACAUUGCUUCUAAAUGUUUUGAAAUUCAUUGCCAGCAUUUAAAAAUUAAAACAAUUAUUUAAUGCUCCAGAUGUCAAAAGAUAUAGAGCCACAUCUUUGGUUUCCUCUCCACAGUGACAGUCUCCAGAGCUCAGGAUGACUGUGUCCUUUGCCCAGAACAUACAUGGUUCUGUUUAACUCAUGGGUUCUCUGAAGAGCCCACGUGCCUCGGGUUGGGGACAUUAAUGCCCCGGUCACCUUUAGAUGGACGUCUGCAUCUUCUAUUGACUCAGCAACUAAGAAUCAAUAUAUAACAGGUGCCUAGUCCUUCAUGAGAUCUGCUGUCCUAGAAGAAAGUAGAGAUGACCAACAGGGUAAUGGAGACCAUCCUGGAAGUCUAAUGGUGGAAGGGGCAGGUGUCCCAGGGAAUGUGAGAGACAGAAAGCACAUCCUAUAAAGCUGAGAGCCUGAGCAGGCAAGUUCCUGGGGGGUAGGGUAGGGAGCUCAUCUACAACUUGCAGAUUUGGGGUUGACUCCUGGCUCUCCAGAUGCAGAAAAUCAGGUUAUAUGUACAAAACCCAGACAAAGCUUUCGUAAUUCAGUCUUGAUUGGUUAUUUUGCAGAACCAAGGAUAGUAGAGGAGACUAGGGGGCAGCCUUCCCACAGCACCCUUUUCUGGAUUAUGUUCUCAACCAGGUGAUAUACAGACAAGAUGACACUUGGCCACACUCCAGGGCCCACAUAUGAUGCUUGACCUAGACUCUGGAUAGAAAAUGAAGCAAGGAAGUCUUGGUGUCUAGGUGGCUUGCACAUGGGUGGAACAGGUGACCAAGAAAGUGGUGGGGUUCAGGCCUAAGAUUUUGACCUUACCCCCACCCCAAGUUAAUGCCCUGAAUAACCUUGUUGGGGACCCUUCCUCUCUUCCACCAUUAUUGACAUAAUGUGAUAAAUUAGGGGAAAGGCCCUUCAGAUAGAGAGAAAGGGUGGAGCCAGAAGACAAGCAGCAAGAGUGGGAGGUACCAGCGUUGUCCAAGUCUCUGGAUUCUCACUAGAUAGGAAACAGGCCAAAGGGAUCAGCAUCCAAGCCCAAUCUCAGUGAAGACAUGGGAAGAAGGCAGAUUGGCCAGGCUGUGACCAGGAAUAUUUUGAGCUCUGCCCUUCAGCUUCCUGGAAGAAGAGAGUUAUGACCAGACUAGGAAUGAUGGGAAGGGACAGAAGCCCAUCCAACAAAAGUCCCAACAAAGUCACUCAUUUCUAAGACCCCAAUCUACCCUACUCUCAAAUUCCCCUGUGAACUUUAGAGUGUUUCUUCAUCCUUGAGCACUCUCAGGAUCUUGAGUGCAUGUAGUAAAGGCUUCUCCUCUGUCCUGCUUCCCAUUCACCUCUAGUACCCCUACCUUGCCCUUCCAUGGAGUAAUUCAGCUGUCUCUGGGUCAAGAGAGACCAAGGAAGGAUGUGGCUCAAUAAUGCUUGAGAUCCAUCUUAGAGUAGGACUUUGGUACAGUCCCUAAGCUUGAUUAGCAAUCAGAAGUCUACCUAUCCCCUGCACUUGGAUAGGCUUGGCUGAAGUUAGGCAUCAGCUCCCAAAUAUCUGGAGCUUCCUCAGACCCGUUUAUCUGCCUUUAUAGGCUGCUCAUUUCCUGGCCUGUAAGUUAGGUCUCUCCCCACUUCUCUCCCUCACAUGCCUGUGAAGCAAUUGACGAUUCUUGGGGCUUGCUAGAUUUCUUUCCUCCAUUCACUCACGUGUGCCCUCAAUUGUAUCUAUCAGUACAGUGUCCUGUCCCCCACAUGCACAAAUGCAGCAAGUUUGGAAAGGCUUACCAGCAAGGACCCUUAGUUCAUGUUGCCCAUCCCUGGCUUCACCAUGCUCUGUGAACGUUCCUGAAUCCUCAGAAAACUGAGGCCUCAUCACAGCGAGGAGAAUGAGCGCAAAGGGAGAAGCUCUGCGGCCUGAGAAGUCAGGGAAGAAGAGUGAGGACCAGCGACAUUGCGCUGCAGUCUCAGCUACAGAACCCAAGGAGUGUAACACCAAGGACUGAGGCCAUCACUGUUUUCCUGGGGAGCCUUGUCUGAACUUCCCUUCCAAUCUCAUUGGCUUUAGCAUUCUUUGCUUCACUGAGAUGCAGACCUCUGGGAUGAACUCAGAAAAAGUCAACAGGAAUCAGGCCAACUGCAGGAACCAGGCAAGCACCAGGUCCCAGAACAACACUGCAAGCAGCGCUUCCUUCUUUGUAUGCCAGCAUCCACUUAGUGCUUGUAAUCCUAUCUCUGUCUUUUGCUCUUGUCCCCACCUCCUCUGUGUGUGUGUGUGUGUGUGUGUGUGUGUGUGUGUCUGUCUGUCUCUUUCUUUCUUUCUCUUUUUGUACACACACACACACACACACACUCAACAGCUGUUGUGUGCCACACACAGUGCAUGGCAAUGGUGACAUGAGCCUGUGCCAGGGUUAAUUCAGUCACCUCAGGAAGAUGGCUAUUAUACUCUACCAUGACAUUUGCAAGCGAAAAAAUAAAAACAAAAACAGAAAACAAAAAAAAGAGGACUCACAAUGUCUCAGAUGUCAAAGUAGAAAUUCCUGAACAACUUCAUCCAUGUAAUUGCAAUUAGACGUAAUAAAAGGGCCUGAAAAGACAA